CGUCCCCCCAUCCAGCUCUAUCUACCCCGCCGCCUCCCUCCAACAUGACUGUCGCCGAGUCAGUGAAGAGUGCCUUUGGCCUGGCAGACUCCCCUGCCUCCCACCAGGAGAUGUCGGACGCUCGUCUGCCGAUUCAGUACCGGGACUCGUGUGCCAAUCUGCUCAUCCCGUUGAACCGAUGCCGACAGGCAGAGUAUUACUUGCCGUGGAAGUGCGAGGACGAGAGACACAGCUACGAAAAGUGCCAGUACGAAGAAUUCAAGAAGCGUGUGGCCAAGAUGGACGAGCUGCGGGCUGCCAAGGACGGUGCCCGGAGCAAUUGAUACCAGACCAAUUGGCACGAGCGAAACAGCGGGUUAUGUACAUAGAGAUUCGAGAUUUGUCCGUCCAUGGAACCGAACCGACUUUGGCGUUGGGACUCCUUUGAGAUUUCUCUUCCUACCACGUACUGCGCCUUUCCGGACCUGUCUCCAAUGCGGAUGCGUCCGUUGUCGUUUACAUGAACUAGGGGUUGGAGCUGUCCAAGGUUGCUAUGACACUUGCUUCACCACUGCGGAUGCCAUGCCCUCUGGGUCAGCCUGCCCUCUGGGUACGCCUGCCGAGGUAUGGGGAGCUACUAGCCCGGGUUGGACAGGUCCAAGCACUCGUAUAACAUUUAUAAUCAUCGCAGCGUUCAGGCCCCUUUCCCUUCUUAUACUUUUAUUUUUCCUGUUCCAUUUUUUCUCGCGCUUCAAAUGUACGACGUCGAUCUAGGAUCGGCAUUCAGCCAUAAAUGGCCAGCACGAGACCGUUGAUCGCGUUGGACAACUGUCGUUUAGUCAUACACAUCAUCAAUAGAAAUGUCUAGAGACUGCAUGCUAGACUUGUCCCUCCCUCAUACAGCACCUCAUUGAACAGAACCUGAAGAAUCCAGAACAAAAAAAGGGCAGGGUCCUUAUGCGUUGGACGGUAUACUCUCUGCACCACUGUCG